UCUCACUGCGCAUGCGCGGCUCAGGGAGCACGCAGCGCGGCAAUCGCCGGUGCGCUGUGUCCCUCGGACACAGCGGAUCACAGAAAGAUCCGAAGAUGUCGGCUCGGUCAUGUGAUCAGCUGUGUCCAAUCACAGCUGAUCACAUGGGACAUGUACACUGAUCAUCAGGGCACUGAUGAUCAGUGUGCCCUGAUGAUCAGUGUGGCCCCAGAAGUGCCACCUGCCAGUGCCCAUCAGUGCCACGUGCCAGUGCCCAUCAGUGCCACAUCAAUGCCACAUAUCAGUGCACACCAGUGCACAUCAAUGCCACAUAUCAGUGCAUACCAGUGCACAUCAAUGCCACAUAUCAGUGCCCAUCUGAGCUGCCUUUCAAUGUCACCCAUCAGUGUCAGUCAGUGCCACCUAUCAAUGCCAAUCAGUGCCACCUAUCAGUGCUGCCAAUCAGUGCCACCUAUCAGU